GACUCCCCUGCUCCCCUCACCCAACCCACCUGAAAGAAGAGAAGCCUGCGGUCCCCAGCUUCCCACACUCCGAUCGCCACCGUCACUGCCAUGGACGCUUACCGCUCUUACAUGAGGCCGCCAGCGCCGCCUCCUCCUCCUCCGUCGUCGGCGGCGGAUCCUCAGUACCACCAAUUCCAGCAGCAUGCAGGAACGCCUCCGAGGCCUCCGCAGGGCCCGUGGUUCCCCAAUCAAUUCCAGUAUCAUAACCCCUCCUCCCAGUCCCCUUCCGCCCCUCCUCCCCCGUCCUGGGCUCCGCCGCCUCCUCCUCCUCCUCCUCCUCCUCCUCAGUCCGAUCAUGUUCAGCCUCCUGGUUUUCCCGCUCCUACGCAUCCUUAUCCUCCUCACCACGCUCAGCUCCCGCCCCGGCCUUACCUGCCUCCUCCUCAUCACCUCAACCCCUACCCUCCGCAGGAUUGGAACAGUCCAAAUUGGGGCUAUCAGCAGGGUUGGAAUCACCAAGCACAAAGCGAUGCGGAAGAUUGGGCUGCCAGGGCUAAAGCUUGGGCAAGUGCCAAGGCUGCUAUGGAGAAUCAGUAUCCGCAAGCACAUUAUCAAAACCAGUAUCCUCAGGCUGUUGAAUCUCAGGAAUACGCGUUUUCAGCUGUGCCUCCAAACGGGCAGCCUGUUCAUUUGCAGGAGAAUCCAUCAAUUGGUUCCAGACCUGCCUCCUAUCUUCCAGAUGGACGCAUGUCGUACUCAGCUAAAGAUGGGCCUCUGAGUGGAGACCCAAGUGCUGUGUUUCACCCUCAAGAGCAUCUGCCUGCCAGUCAAUCUGUUCAUCAGCAGGAGGUACCUUCUAGUUAUUCUUCUGUUUCAGGCAAAGAAGAGAGUAGGGAUCAGAGUGAGAAGCUACUGCAUCUGCCCGGUUCUGCAGCUCAGGAAGGAAUGGGCCACCUACAAGCACCAAUGCCUGCUGCUGAUGGAUCGGUUGUUCCAUAUGGCAAUCCAUAUACUGAUCCCAUUGCAAAUCCUGCUGAUCAACCCCUGGAGUUUGCUUCUAGGUUUAGCCGUGAUCAGGAUCUACUAGCACAAUCUGUUUAUGCUCAUCAGGAUUCCACUGGGCCUUUAAGAGGAAUUGACCCCGUUGUCCCCAUGGUAUCUGUUAAUACAUGGACCUCAUCCAUGACUCCUGAUGUAGCUUACCCUUCUUUACCUGUGGUGCUUCCUUCAGGUUCACAGCAUGAUCAUUCCAUUCCUAUCCCGCCUCCUGUCUCCGGGCAUGCAACGCCAUCAUUUCCUAGGUUUUCUGGACCAAGCUUUCAGGCAACAAUUCAACCACCUGGUGGGCCCUUUGCUCUGAGUGCAGGACCCCCGCUGCCUCCAAUGGGAGGCUUUUCUGCUGAUUCUUAUGGUCUUCCGGGCAGUGCUGAGCGUCCUAAAAAGGCUCCGGUACCUAAUUGGCUUAGAGAGGAGAUCAUUAAGACGAAAGCUAGCAUUGUCAGUUCUUCUCUGGGGCAUCCUAAAGAUGGAGCUCAGUCUGUUGAGGAUGACGGCACUGAUAAGUCUUUUGAAAAAGGCGACCAGGCAGACAGUAAAAGCAUCGAUUCGUCUAAAUCAACUGAGGAUGAUGAUGAUGAUGAGGAUUAUGUGGAAGCUGCAAGAACUGCUGCAAUAAAUCAGGAGAUUAAACGUGUUUUAACUGAAGUCUUGUUGAAGGUGACUGAUGAACUUUUUGAUGAAAUUGCAACGAAAGUUCUCAACGAAGAUGAUCAGGCUGAAGAUAACCACAAACCACUUGCUUCAGAUCGUAUGGCUUCACCAACUUCUCAUGCUCCUGCAGACAAUAGAGCUUCUGCAAAGGCUCUUGUUUCUGUUGAAACUAAGGACUUAGAUAACGAAGAUGUCAGCGAAAAAUCUAGUUCAGGCGCUGGUGGGAAUAUAUUGGGUCUGGCAAAUUAUGCAUCCGAUGAUGAAGAUGAUGAAACCCAAACCUCUAUGAAAUUGAAUAGUAAAAGUCCACAUGAUGCAAAUGAUGCGGCUGACAAUGGAGCACAUCCAGUGGAAGGUGAAGAACAUGUCAGUGCUCAAGCACAUUCUGAUACGGGUCACCCAAGGACCAGUUUACUUCGGGGUAAUUCAGGCAACAAUGAACUGAACAGGACUGGUACUAUGACAUCCCCUAAGGUGUCUCCUAUAGGUGACCAGAUUAAGUUAAAUGGUAAAAUGGUGGAUGGUCCAAGUGCAUCUGUUUCAAAGGAGACACCUGAAGAGAAGGUUCGUAGGAAGUCAAAACUGCUUGAUGAAGAGGUUGACAUGAGAAAAUCAGUGAGGGCUGAUACUAGAGAUGUGGAGACCAGAGUGAGGCCCAUCGUCACCGAUCGAGAUGGCAAUAAGAGGACCUCUGGGGGUGAUUCUUCAGAGGGACCUCUGAGAGGUAAGGUCAAGGUUGAUGAUGAAAAUCAUAGAAGUAAAGAUGAAAGACAGCUAAGGAAGGAGAAAGCGGAAAGAGAUGAGUCAAAAGAGGCGAAGGACCAUGUGAAAUAUGGAGAAAAGAGGAAGGAAUCCGAGGGAAGGAAAAGGCCAGGCCAUUCUGAUAUCAAGGAGGACAAGAACAAAGAGAGACCAUGGAGAGAGAGUGCUAAAGAUGACAGCAGGAGAAUUGAGCAGUCAAGGGAGAAGGAAGAAGAUAGAUUGCAUCGUAAGGCUUCACGCGAGCUGAGCAGACAUAAGAGAAGGCGCUCCUCUUCACCGAGCAGCAGAGAUCGAAAUAGUAGAGACAGCUUUUCUACUCAUGGAAAAGAUUCAAGUGAUGAAGAUUCAGACUAUUCUAGAAGGAAAUUGCAUUCGAAGAAACGUAAUUCAUCACCAUCACCAUCCUCCAUAAGGUCCAGAAGAAGACAUUCGCGGUCUCCACAUAGCAAGCAUUCUCAGCGCAGGCAUUCUCCCUACUCUUCUUUUGAGGGGUCCAGGGAGAGGAGGAGAUCAAGGUCGAGAUCACCUGUGAGGAGGCACAGAUGAUGAAAAGAGGAGGCCUACAUAUUUGGCUUGAGAAGCUUUGACGAUAUCAGUUGCUGUACAUGUAGCUCAUCUUCGAGAUACAACAAAGAAGGGAGGACCGACACCGGCAUCAGUCUCUGAGCAAUAACCAUUGGCGAUCCGAGAAGUAAUCGUUUUUCGAUAUGCAUGUGAGCCUUUACAUGGGCCUCGCACUGUUUGUAGAACUAGACUGCAUGCUAAAAUAUCUGGAGGUAUUGGUGCGUUGAUCGAGUUUAUGUCUGUCUUGUCUGAGCACAUCUCUUGAGGUUGUACUGCUAUUUUCAGUUGUAAUUAAUAUUGUGAAAGGUUCAGUGAUCUCUUUCCAGAUUUUA